AUGCGUGCAUGCCGUGAUCCCAUCACUGAUCAGUACGUAUUUGACAAGAUACUGAGAUCAUUGCCACCAAAGUUUGAUCACAUUGUGGUGACUAUUGAAGAAACACGUGAUACAGGGUCUAUGGAGUUAGAAGAGUUACAACACUCUUUGGACUCGCAUGAGCAUAGGUUGGUUGAGCGUAGACAGAUUCAAGAGCAAGCUCUGCAAGCUCGGUUACAAUCUCAUGACAAGGGAAAAGGCUUCAAGAAAGGCUUCAAGAAAGGUGGUAAGAAGAAACAUGGUCAAAAAUGGGCUCGAGAAAAGAAAGGGAAAGAGGCCAAGUGUUGGAGUGGAGAUGGUGCGAAGAACAAGCCAAAGAAUCGUGCUCACCUAGCUCAAGAUGACACUUCAGAUUCGGAGGCAGUGAUGCUAAUGGCUCGAAUAAAUUGUGAAGAUGCUGCUAACACUGCCUGGUACCUAGACUCUGGGUGUUCAACCCAUAUGACAGGCAAGAAGGAGUGGUUUGUCAAGAUGAAGGAGGCAGCUAAUGGAAGAAUCAAAUUUGCUGAUAAUAGGAGUCUUGUGGCAGAGGGGUCAGGCAGAGUGGUGUUGCGAGGAAAUGAUGGGAGAGAAGUGGUGAUUGAGGAAGUACUAUAUGUUCCAGGGCUGAAAACUAAUCUGAUAAGUCUCGGACAACUCUUGUAA